AUGCAGAAAAUAAAUGAGAAAAGCUCCAGCUGCCAUGGGCAUUCAAACCACUGUCGCCGAUGUGUCCACGGUUUCCAUACUACUAUCACAAGCACGACCACUCAGGUUACCAGCCACCGCAAGCACAACCACUCCAGUAUCCAGGCACCACAAGUACGACCACUCAGGUUGCCAGCCAAAACAAGCACGACCAUUCAGAUUGCCAUCCACCACAAGCACGAACUCUCAGGUUGCCAGCCACCACAUGCACGACCAUUCAGAUUACCAGCAACCACAAGCACGACCAUUCAGAUCGCCAGCCACCACAAGCACGACCACUCAGGUUGCCAGCCACUACAAGCACGACCACUCAGAUUGCCAACCACCACAUGCACGACCAUUCAGAUUACCAGCCACCACAAGCACGACCAUUCAGAUCGCCAGCCACCACAAGCACGACCACUCAGGUUGCCAGCCACCACAAGCACGACCACUCAGAUUGCCAACCACCACAUGCACGACCAUUCAGAUUACCAGCCACCACAAGCACGACCAUUCAGAUCGCCAGCCACCACAAGCACGACCACUCAGGUUGCCAACCACCACAUGCACGACCAUUCAGAUUACCAGCCACCACAAGCACGACCAUUCAGAUCGCCAGCCACCACAAGCACGACCACUCAGGUUGCCAGCCACCACAUGCACGACCAUUCAGAUUACCAGCCACCACAAGCACGACCAUUCAGAUUACCAGCCACCACAAACACGACCAUUCAGAUUGCCAACCACCACAUGCACGACCAUUCAGAUUACCAGCCACCACAAGCACGACCACUCAGAUUGCCAACCACCACAAGCACGACCAUUCAGAUUACCAGCCACCACAAGCACGACCAUUCAGAUUGCCAACCACCACAUGCACGACCAUUCAGAUCACCAGCCACCACAAGCACGACCAUUCAGAUCGCCAGCCACCACAAGCACGACCACUCAGGUUACCAGCCACCACAAGCACGACCACUCAGAUUACCAGCCACCGCUAGCACACGACCAUUCAGAUUGCCAUCCACCACAAGCACGAACUCUCAGGUUGCCAGCCACCACAUGCACGACCAUUCAGAUUACCAGCCACACAAGCACGACCACUCAGGUUGCCAGCCACUACAAGCACGACCACUCAGGUUGCCAGCCACUACAAGCACGACCACUCAGAUUGCCAACCACCACAUGCACGACCAUUCAGAUUACCAGCCACACAAGCACGACCAUCAUAUUACCAGCCACCAAAGCACGACCAUUCAGAUCGCCAGCCACCACAAGCACGAACUCUCAGGUUGCCAGCCACCACAUGCACGACCAUCAGAUUACCAGCCACCACAAGCACGACCAUUCAGAUCGCCAGCCACCACAAGCACGACACUCAGAUCGCCAGCCACACAAGCACGACCACUCAGAUUAACAGCCACCACAAGCACGACACUCAGAUUACCAGCCACACAAGCACGACCACUCAGAUUACCAGCCACCACAAGCACGACCACUCAGAUCGCCAGCCACCACAAGCACGACCACUCAGAUUGCCAGCCACCACAAGCACGACCACUCAGAUUACCAGCCACCACAAGCACGACCACUCAGAUCGCCAGCCACCACAAGCACGACCACUCAGAUUACCAGCCACCACAAGCACGACCACUCAGAUCGCCAGCCACCACAAGCACGACCACUCAGAUUACCAGCCACCACAAGCACGACCAUUCAGAUCGCCAGCCACCACAAGCACGACCACUCAGAUUACCAGCCACCACAAGCACGACCAUUCAGAUCGCCAGCCACCACAAGCACGACCAUUCAGAUCGCCAGCCACCACAAGCACGACCAUUCAGAUCGCCAGCCACCACAAGCACGACCACUCAGAUCGCCAGCCACCACAAGCACGACCACUCAGAUUACCAGCCACCACAAGCACGACCAUUCAGAUUGCCAGCCACCACAAGCACGACCACUCAGAUUACCAGCCACCACAAGCACGACCAUUCAGAUCGCCAGCCACCACAAGCACGACCAUUCAGAUCGCCAGCCACCACAAGCACGACCACUCAGAUUGCCAGCCACCACAUGCACGACCAUUCAGAUCGCCAGCCACCACAAGCACGACCAUUCAGAUCGCCAGCCACCACAAGCACGACCACUCCACCUGCCUCCAAGCACAAGCAGCUCCUCGUCCGCCGCAGCCCUCCACUCCCACCGGAUCGGCUCGCUUCCCUCCACUCCAGGUUUAAAUCUCCUCUCGGGGAGAAUGAAAGCCAUAAUCCCGGUGUUCGAAACUUGUGGCUGAUCAUCCGAAAAGUUGGAAUUUUCCCCGAUUCAGAUUCCAGCAAUUUUCCUUCGAAAGACGGGCUGAUUUGA